GAGAACAAAAACUUGUCGAGACGAAAUCGUAGGUGGCGCGCAAUUUUAUUUUUCCUAUGUCAACAUCGUGAGAAAGUUAUGGCUGUGUUUUUAGACGAAAUUCUUCUUCAUAUAUUUGGAUAUCUUAAUGGACCGACUCUGACGAAGUGCUCGUGGGUUUGUAAACAGUGGAGGAGCAUCGCUAAAACUCCGUCGCUUUGGCGAAGACUUGUACUAUUGCGGUGGCCAUCGCAGAAGUUUCUGUACGAGAAAGUGUCUCUAUCGUGCGUCAAUUGGAUGAACACUUAUCAAGAGUUGUCUCUAAGGGGAAACUAUACAGCCGAUUAUAUGAAAUAUUUCAUCUGCUGUUGUGUUAGCGGUGAUGAGUUGACCGAGAUUGAAUUGCGUGAAAGUAUGUUCUUGCACAUGGCGGGAACCAUGAUGAAGUGGGAAGUUCCGGAUGUUUUUGAGCAGGAGGACGAGUUCAACACGUCAGGUUUCAAUAAGAACUUUGAAUUAUUCUUUGACACUCACGAUCUCAAGUGGACUUUCAUCGACAAGCGAAGGGGAUACAACGAGGACUGGUUUAGUGGCAAAAUGAAAGCUUCGACAAAACCAGCACGCUACAUCCGACCGUAUCAAGUUAUCCCUAGUUGCAUGGUUAUGUUUCGUUGGCUUUGUCUAUUUCGUGCCUAUGCGACGGAGGAAACCGGGUUAACUUUUUAUCGCAUAUGGAGAUACCGGCUGAAGCACAGGGAGACAGGGGUUCAUUUCGAAGUUUUCGAUUGGAAAGCUGCUAUGUCGUGUACCUUGUCCAACGGCAGUCCAACAUCAGUAGCCUUCAGAGAAGAUGCUCUCGAACUUCUUACCCUACUCACCCACCCUCAUUUUCUGAUGCAUCCUAUGGGGGUGAGUACGUUCAAGGAGUUGUUCCUGUCCCCUCCGAAACUUCUCAGUAGUAGAUGUAACUCUGCAACAUCAUCACUAUCUAGCUGUGGGUUAUCUAGCCCAAGAUCGCCAUUGAGAAGCAUCAGUAAUCAAUUUUCAUUUGAGAGAAAGGACACUAAGGCUAGACGUAUAAUUGCAAGUAGCACCACUGACAGUGAUGAUGAAUCAGAAGGAGGCUUUGACACUGGUUAUGUCAGUAACUGUGAAUACUUCAUUAGCAGCAAUCACUGGGAUAUUGAGGAACAGCACAAAAUUCAAGCAGAAGUGGCUGGGAUGUGGACAGUAGUAAAUAACAAUUAUGUCCCCCAUUUGUUUGUAAACUAUGAUGUAAACAAUAAUAUGUGGGUGUUUCAUGACUGUAUGCCUACCUUCCCUGAACUCUGGAUUCAGGGGGGUGUCACAUUUGAUGCAAAUUAUGACUCACUACAUGGUCACGGAUUUGGAGUUGAACCCAUUCCAAGCUGUCUUGCCUUGUAUCGUUUGGUUUGCCUGAUGAAUAUAAAUGCUCGUGUUUAUGUCAGUAUGGAGGAUGCAUCAAUCUGGGCACUUCACUUAAUCCACAACACCACAAGAGCCGUGCUUCAUCUCAAAGAUCUCAAUGGCUGGUUUGAUGCUUCAGUCACCUUAACCGAAGAUAUGCAAAACCAGCUCAGGGAAGCCUCAGACAGAAACACAGAGUUAGAAACAGUGCAGUGGUGUGAGGUCUCUACCCCUGUGCCAGCUCCUGACAACAUCAGUGAGUAUGUUGCCAGUGAUGAAGAAAGCGAUGAUGAUCUUGAUGGCCAAGAAGCAGAGGAUUUCUAUUGUGUGACACCAACACAUUCUGAUGAAGAGAGGAGCAGUGUCAGCUCAGCAGGUAGUGAGGUUGAUUCUGAUGACCUUGAAGAUCAGCUUUGGUUUUCAGGAAUGCAUCCACAGUUUAUAGGAGAAGAAGAAGAAGAAGAAGAAAAAGAAGCCAGUUUUUGGAAAAGGAGCUCUGGAAUGCAAGAUUUUGAAUUUGCUGAGAGCACAAGUACCUUUUGGCAGUCACUUGAUGUACCUGUCUACCAAACCUUAUCAAACAGCUCUGAUGUAGAAAAUCAAGGGGGCGCAUGGGGAAUGGCCUUAACUACUGAAAACUGCGACAGUUUUCAGAAUGCAGGUCCUCUAGAGGAUGCAAAAGGGAUGGGUUAUCCCCCCUCUGACAGCGGCAAGAACAGUCAACUGCAACCACCUAACAGCCAUUAUUCAGAUAGUGAAGGAAGUGAAGUGCCAAGUGGUGAGUCAACCGCUGUUAGCACUCUAAAACAAUUUAAACAUGAUGUGACAGUACUGCUAAACCUGUUAAUGGAUGAAAAAUUUGCGCAUCCAUAUGGAACAAUAGCUGGAGCAGUAGCAUAGCAAGAUUAGAUUAACAUGGACAUUCUUUUCCUGAUCGCAUGCACAAACACAAAAUGCCUUCGAUAAGAAUUAAUGGUGCAACUGUACACUGAAUUGGUUGAUUGUCAUGAAACUAGACAAGUGAAUAUUGUAGCUUUCUUUAUUUGUUUUCUCUUACUUUGAUUCUUACUUUCUGAUUAUUUUGGUUUGUUAGUUGUUGCAUUAGUUACUGUAAAGUUUGCUUUUUUGUAAUCAUUGGCAUGUUUACUUUGUGUAGAUUGAUUUUUAUGAGAGUAAAACAAUGUUUGUAUGUAUAUUAGGGAUUAAAUUGCUGUUACAGCUUAAUGAAAAUGUUUAGUAACUAUAGUUGUACAUUUGUUGAGUUUUACUCCAAUCUUAUGCAAGGUUUCGUGAUGAUUGAAUGAUAUAACUGUAUAGAAUGCAACAAGAAAGAGACUUUUAUAGCAAAAAUUUUAACUCAUUACAAGGUCUUUAAACUUACUCUGAAAUUAUUAACAUUCUCAAUAAUACUGUUUGCAGCUAGUGUAUAAAUGGCCAACAUAUAUUGUACAUACCCAGUACGUUUAGACAGGUUUACGUGUCUUAUCCUUGUGUUUAUGAUCAUUUUGACUGUAUUCAGUUCAUGGUGUUGUGCUUUGAUGAAUAACUGUAAGUCUCCUUUGACUUCACAUUUUUAUUCUUUUUUUUUGCUAUGAUUCUGUUUUAUAAAAAAACAACAAGAACUUUGGAGAGAUGUGCUUUGCCCAUCAGCAACUGGCACAAAAUUUUUCGUGCAUGUUUGAAAUCAGUUAGCAGAUUUACUUAAAAAGAGUUUUUGAUCAUAGGAUUUACCUACCGUAAGAGAUGUAGUUCAAAGUGUCAUCCAGCAAAUCAGUGGCCUGCGCGAGAGGCGCGAGAAAACGCUCGAGGGGAACGCGCGAGAGGAACGGUGAACAGGGAAGAAUUCCUUAAAUUUCGCCCCAUUCGCCUUAAAUUUUUCCCUCUCUCUUCACCCACUCUCUUUCCUUUCCCUCAACACGCCUCCCACGCAGGCCAUUGAAUGAAAAAGAUUACGUUAUUAAAUUGUCCUGAAAUAAUUUGACUAGCUUCGGCGGUGAAAUAAAAAACCUUUCUCUAUGAAAUAA